UACUCGAACCAUGAACACCACCACCACCUCACCACUACCAUCAUUACUUCUACUACAACAAACACCGUCGCUUCCACCAUGACACCGCACCCUUUCAACAACCCUUCCUCCUCUUCUCCAUCGAAACCCAACGUAUACACCCGCCAGCUUCCCCACGACGACUCCCAUUCCUCCGAUUCCCCGCCACCCGCCAUAAACGUCCGUUACUUCUACACCUCGCCCCUCGCUAUCGACGACCCGCUCUCCCCGUUACCUCCGCCUGCGACUGGCGCGGCAACUGCGGCGGCGCGGAAACAAGCGCCUAGGCCGUUCUCGGCGUUUGAUAAUGACGCUAUUAGCAAGACAUGGGCGGAGUUGAGGAGGGAGAUAUUGAGGUUCAAUGAAGACAUUGGGGAGAAGAAUGCGGGUGGGAACGGAAGUGGGAGAGCGGAAGGUGUGAAGGGUGGAGGAGAGGGGCAGAGGCAAACGGUGAGGACGGGUUUAGAAAAUGAUGACAAUGAGGGGAGGAGUUCGUCGCUGGCUCGUGAUAUCCCGAUGGCUGCUAAGCCGUCUGGCGAUGGUGGGGAAUCGUUGAGUAGUGAGCGGGGGUUCGGAGGUAGUGGGUCUUUGAGGGAAGGUGGAGGGCGGGGAAGACGGCCGAUGGCACGUCUGGGGGACCGUGAUGGAGAGAGAAACAGUCCCUCCCAAGCCCGCGAUAUUCCCCUGGCUGCCAAGUCGACGAGCGACGGUCUUUCUUCAUUGUCUGCCGAGCGGGGCACUGCCAGCUCUCUUCGGUUCAUGGAACCAAAGGAUGGCUCCCCGAUAUCUGGGCCGGCAAUCACUGGUACUCCCUUUAUUAGGGCGCCUUCGCGAAGUGAUCCUAGCCACUUUCGCAGAUCCACCCGACGCCCUGAUCCAGCACCACUGCACGAGGCUGAUAGUUAUCUGUGGGAUGAAGAUAUGAAACCGGUCCUGCCUGGGCUGAAGGGCAAGGGGCCAGUUCAAGUACCCUCGACACCGAAACCAGGCCCGACGGCCAAAGUUCCCGUGGGCGUAUCGAGAUUACAUCACGUGGUGCUGGAUACUGAGUCGGUACGCAUGGAACCCAUAUAUUGGAAGCCCGUCAACGACAUAGCUGCUGUUUUAAGGGGAACAUGGUUCUACAAGGAUACUAUGCUGCCUGUGGAAGUGGAGGUCGCAAACAUGCUGGAAGUUGGCUACUUGGAACUGAGGCCCUGGACCGAGACGUGGAGAGAUGAACUGAACAGCGCAAUCGAAGUGGGCGCGUUGGGAGAGAUGAAGAUAUUGCAUAAACUCUGGCCAGAACGACCAAUCAAAGUCGAGAGCCGUCCAAGCAGCUCGCAGCAGAUGUCUUCUGGAGGCACGAUGCAAAACACGCUGCCAGAAGAACCGAUCGACCCCGAGACAGAGCGUGCAAACAUUGUAGAAGCAGCUUGUGAUCUCAUCGACAUCGCUACGGGUCCAGAUGGGCCUGACAACAAAUCUGCUGGAGAUAGCGAGUAUGGACGUGCAGGACGCAAGAACCUGUAUCGUAGCGCUGGCGUCAUUUAUGCCAAUGAUACCGAUGCCUACAUAUUGCGCCCAUCUCUUCAACCUUCCAACUACUAUGGCCGUCGUCCAUUGGCGAAUUACAUCCGGAAAGGUAGGACUAUCGGUCUACAUGUCGUUCGCGGGUUCGACCAGACUAUCUGGGACAAAUUACAUCCUGUCAAGAAAACGCCCAUGGCCCAGAUGGCGCGAGAAGGUGUCUCGACCGCUCAAGCGGGUAUUCCGCCAAACCGUAGGCAAAAGUCGGAUCCUGCCCUGGCGCAAUCGCAGCGUCCGCAGGUUACAGACCUAGUGCUUGUGAUACACGGUAUUGGCCAGAAACUCUCCGAACGCAUGGAAACGUUCCAUUUCACUCAUGCUAUCAAUGCUUUUCGAAGAGAAGUGAAUGUCGAGCUUGGUACCAAUGAUGUGAAACGCAAUUUGCGGAGGGAUAUGGGAGGUAUUAUGGUUUUACCGGUGAAUUGGCGAAUAGGCAUGUCGCUCGAGGAUGAUCCAGGUGGACUGGCUGGGUCUCAAGAGGACGACCCCUCAGUCAACAAGUACACACUCAAGGACAUCACACCCGACACUCUCCCGUCUGUGCGUGGUAUUGUCAGCGACGUCAUGCUUGACGUUCCAUACUACCUCUCUCCUGAACAUCACCCGAAGAUGGUCUCGGCGUGCAUCAAUGAAGCAAACCGAAUCUACCGUCUGUGGUGUCAGAAUAACCCUGGUUUCUCGGAAUGGGGUCGUGUCCAUCUGGUUGCCCACUCCCUUGGUUCGGUGAUGGCCAUGGAUAUCCUCAGCACUCAGCCCAGCGAGGUCGACCCUGCACUGGGUGAUCCUUCUUUACCCACCUCUGAUCUCCCCACCGACCACUUCAUCUUCAAUACCAAAUCGCUUUUCGUCUGCGGUAGUCCCGUCGGUUUUUUCCUUCUUCUCCGCAAUGCCACACUCCGCCCCCGCCACGACAAAGACAAGCCGGGGGCAGACCUCUCAUCGGCACGCACCCCCGGCGUAGCAGGCACCCGUGGAGACUUUGGCUGCAUAGCCGUAGACAACAUCUACAACAUUGUCAACGGCUACGACCCCGUCGCAUACCGUCUCAACGCCGCCAUCGACGUCGCUUACGCCGCCUCCCUCAAACCAGCCGUCAUCCCUUCGGCCAAUACCUCCCUUUUCUCCUUCGUCAACCCUUUCCGCACAUCCUCCUCGACAUCACCCUCCUCAUCCGCCGCCGCCGCAUCCUCAUCCGCCAAACCCCCCACCGCACGCCUCCCCUCCAACGUCGAGCUCGAAACCCACGACUUCUCCCGCGAGGAAAUCGCCGAGAAGCGCGCCCACCUGCUCAACGACAACGGCCAGGUCGAUUACUUUUUAAAGUACGGAGGUGGUGCCCUGGAGAUUCAGUACCUGACCAUGCUGGGCGCGCAUAGCAGUUAUUGGAUCAGUCGGGAUUUUGUGAGGAUGAUCGUGCUCGAGGUCGGGAGGGUUGUUGGCAGGGAUGGGGUUUUGGAGGGCAUGAAGGCUGUCAAGAUGGGGGUCAAGGGGCGGUCUUGA